CUUCGAAGCAAAGUUCAUAUCGGAGCUCUAUAUAAAGGGGUGAUACUUUCCUUGACAAGUGCAGCAAAGAUGAGCCUCCCCCAACGUUCACACACUCCCGCGCAAGAUGACCUAGACGUCUACUUCGAAGUCGAUAUGAGUUCCGAUAACAAGUCGACUGCCCUCGCUCGGAUCAGCUACCAAGGACGUCCCACUCAGCACCUCGACAGAGGUCUUCCCAGCCAGCAACAUCUCCGUCCGAUGUCUCAAAAGGACCUCACGUCGAUUCCAGCCGUCGACAAGCUGCUUCAGGGGAAGCCGACCAUACCGAAUGAGGCAGUGAAGUACGCCCAAGACGGCAGUGGAAGAUCUGAGCCAUUACCCGAAAUGACGUCGCAGUCAGUUCCCUGGACGCAUAAGCCCGAAGACCUCACGAUUCGAAAUGCGGUAGCUUCCUGCAAAGGUAUCAACAACAUCGGAUGCCGUAUAAGUUACGGUCGCCAGAUCCUGUCCGCCCGUGAAAUAUUGGGUUUUGCAAGCCAGUAUAAGCGGCCUGUGCCAGAGUUCAUAUCGUCUUUGCAAGUGGUGGGCGAAACUACAAGAUCUCGAGAGUCCAAGGAUUUUGCGGCCAUAUUACUUCAAGCGCAUCUGCACAAAGAGCGUUUGAAGGUACGUUGGGAAGAUAGGCUCAUGAAUUUCGAGGAGGUCAUAGCCGAAGGUCAGACCUCUCUCGUAUUGGCCUUUCUGUGGCGAAAGAGGCACUUCAUUGCACAAGCUCUUUUACGAUGGUUGUACAGAGAAUUGGUCAUGCCUGUGUUUUACAAGCUUCUAAUGGGUUGCUAUCUGGCUGUUGUUUCGGGCACAUGUUUUCUGAUUUUUUUGGGCACAUGUACUAAUAUCUUAGCCUACUUAGGUAACAUUUGAUCAGCCUCGAGUCUCUUGACGACAUUAGUAAAAUUAGCCUAGGCGCUUCGUACCGACGACUACUAUCGUGCGAGGCGUAUGUGUCCGGUUUACAGUAUACAGAGGUCCGUUCAUUGCUUGUUGAGCUGUGCACCGCCUACC